UACGACGUAAACAACUUCAAAACACGUGCAAAAGCCGCACGCAGCGCGUGGUGUGUAUGUUGGGGAAAUAAUUAACUGUAAGCAUUUUGUACGUUUAAUUUCCCAUCGUAAAAUGGUCGCCAACAAAGAGCGGGCGAUAAAACGGAAAGCACCCGAGGGGGGAGCGAAGCCGGAACCGAUCACCUCCAAACAGGAACCGCUGGAUGAGUCGAACGACGAGGACAACAGCAACGAAAGUGACUACGAGUCGGACAAGGAAAAUCUACUCGGAAGUAUUGAGAAUGAGGGUGAAGAUAGUAGCGAUUCGGACGGCGAGUACGCCACGGACGACGAUGAGGAUGAUGUGUUGAGUUUUGAGAGCCUCAACUCGGACGGGGAGGAAGAGGACGAAGAAGAGGAUGCGGGAGCGACACUGGAGGAAGUGGAACGCGAAGCGGAAGAGGAUGACGAUGAAGAAGACGGUGAGGAUGAUGAGGAAGCCGACUCGGCCGAUGAUGUGAACAGCGACAGCUCGCCGGAGGAAGAUGAAGGCGACCUGGAGGAUAGCAGCGACGAAGAACUGGAAGAGGAAGAAGAAGAAGAAGCAAAAGAAAAUGGGAAGGAAAAACCAGCGAAAGCGAAAGCGGAACGAAAGCAGCGUGAAGAACAGUUCGAAUCGGACGAUGAACCACUGCCCGACGACCUGAAGCUGGGCCGGAUCGAGGAUGUGCUCGGUACGGGGGAGAAGAAAACGCGCGGCCUAGGUGUGUUUCCCCCUGUGCCGAAGCGGAAGGGCAAGGCAGCCCAGGAUGAGUACGCCGCGGGCGAUACGUCGGACGAGGAGGACAUCCGCAAUACGGUCGGCAACAUACCGAUGCACUGGUACGACGAGUACAAGCACGUCGGGUACGAUUGGGACGCCAAGAAGAUCAUCAAGGCGAAGAAGGGCGACGCGAUCGACGAUUUCCUGCAGCGCAUGGAGGAUCCGAACUUCUGGCGCACGGUCACCGAUCCACAAACCGGGCAGAAGGUGGUCCUGUCCGACGAGGACAUCGGGCUGAUCAAGCGCAUCAUGUCCGGGCGCAAUCCGGACGCGGAGUACGACGAUUACGAGCCGUUCAUCGAGUGGUUCACGUCCGAGGUGGAAAAGAUGCCGAUACGCAACAUCCCGGAGAGCAAGCGGUCGUUCCUGCCGAGCAAGGCGGAAAAGCACAAGAUUGGCCGGUACGUGCACGCGCUCAAGAUGGGCUGGAUGAAGACGAUGGCGGAGAAGCGCCGGCUGGAGGCGAUCCGCCGGCAGCCCAAGUUCUACAUGCUCUGGACGACCGACCACGGCAAGGAGGAGAUGCGCCGCAUACACGAUCACGUGGCGGCGCCGAAGCGCAUGCUGCCGGGCCACGCGGAAUCGUACAACCCGCCGCCGGAGUAUCUGUUCGACGAGAAGGAGCUGGAGGAGUGGAACAAGCUCGCCAACCAGCCGUGGAAGCGGAAGCGCGCGUACGUGCCGCAGAAGUACAACAGCUUGCGCGAGGUGCCGGGCUACACCCGGUACGUGAAGGAGCGGUUCCUGCGCUGUCUGGAUCUGUAUCUGGCGCCGCGCAUGCGGCGGUCGCGCGUGGCUGUCGGGGCAGAGUAUCUGAUACCGAAGCUGCCGUCGCCGCGCGAUCUGCAACCGUUCCCGACGCUCCAGAACCUGAUCUACACCGGGCACACGAGCCUGAUCCGGUGCAUCAGCGUGGAGCCGAAGGGAGAGUACAUCGUCACCGGGUCGGACGAUAUGACGGUUAAGAUUUGGGAAAUAUCGACCGCUCGCUGCAUCCGCACCAUCCCGACCGGGGACAUUGUGCGUUCCGUUGCCUGGUGCCCGAACAGCAAGAUAUCGCUGGUGGCGGCGGCCAGCGGUAAGCGCGUGCUGCUCAUCAACCCGAAGGUGGGCGACUACAUGCUGGUGAAGAAGACGGACGAUCUGCUGACGGAGGCACCCCGGUCCGACACGGUCGACAGCGAGCGCAUCCGGUCGGCGGUCCAGUGGGGCGAGGUGACGGAGGAGGAGAAGAAGCUGGGCGUGCGGAUCGUGAUCACACACUUCCGCGAGGUGCGCCAGGUGACGUGGCACGGGCGGGGCGACUACUUUGCCACCGUCAUGCCGGACGGGGCGUACCGGUCGGUGAUGAUCCACCAGCUGUCCAAGCGCCGGUCCCAGGUACCGUUCUCGAAGAGCAAGGGUUUGAUACAGUGCGUGCUGUUCCAUCCGAUCAAGCCGUGUCUGUUCGUGGCGACCCAACGACACAUCCGCGUGUACGAUCUGGUGAAACAGUUGAUGAUGAAGAAGCUGUACCCGGGCUGCAAAUGGAUCUCGAGCAUGGCGAUCCAUCCGAAGGGUGACAAUCUGCUGAUCGGCACGUACGAGAAGCGGCUGAUGUGGUUCGAUCUGGACCUCUCGACCAAACCGUACCAGCAGCUGCGCAUACACAAUGCCGCCAUCCGCAGUGUGGCGUUCCAUCCGCGCUAUCCACUGUUUGCGUCCGCCGGCGACGAUCGCAGCGUGAUCGUUUCGCACGGUAUGGUCUACAAUGAUUUGCUGCAAAACCCACUGAUCGUGCCACUGAGACGGCUGAAGAACCAUGCGGUGGUGAACGAUUUCUCCGUGUUUGACGUGGUGUUUCAUCCGACCCAGCCGUGGGUGUUCUCGUCCGGUGCCGACAAUACGGUGCGUUUGUACACGUAAAAGGGACGGGGGCCGAUCGAGGUAAGGCUUUCCGGUUUCCUUUCGGACGACACAAGUUCGACAGAGUAUUCCAACACGGUGUAACGUUUCGAGUUGGAUUCUACUGGCUCUAUAUUAAAAUAAAAAAAUACAUUUGCUACUAAAUAGCAUCCUAUUAAAAAAA